UCUCUCAAAUCAAUGUUUUGUGCUUGUUUAUUUUAUUGACAUUGGUUUACUGAGAUUUUGUACUGGUUGUGAAAUUUGGUGAAUGGCUGUUGUGUGGCACGAUUUGGGGGACCUUUCACCUUGGUACAGAAUGCAGUGUUAUCAGUAAUGACAGCCAGUUUUCAGUGUUAUUUACUAAUGUGCCAUAUAAUAUAGCUGAUAGUAGGAUCCAGUUUCCUGCUUGUGUAUAAUAGCGUGACGUUUCGUAGCAGUAAUAUUUUUUUUAGACAGAUUGAAGAAAGAAUUUGAGUUGGGCAGAGAAGCUAUUGGCCAGGCUUGUUUUAUGUGAACACAGGGUGUCUACCAACCGGGAAAACCGGGAAUUCUCAGGGAUUUUGAACAUUCUGGAAAAACUCAGGGAAAACUCAGGGAAUUUGUGCCACUAUCAGGGAAAAUUUGCUGUAAUUGUAUUCAAAGGGAACGAAAGUUGCAGUAAUGCUCGCUCGCGAGUAACCGAGAUACGCACUUUAUACGGCUCAUAAAAAAGCGCGCCCUCUCCACAGCACAGCCACCGCCGGCCUCCCGUGUGCUCCCGUGUGCUGACCGUGCCAGCUAAGCGGCGAAAAGAGAGCACACUUCCCGACACGCUUCGUGCGGUUCGGCUCGCAUGUGAGCUCUGCAACGGCCGCCGCCCCCCCCCCCCCCCCCUUGCUUUUUUUUUGUUUCUCAGACUGUAGAGAGCUCAAGGAAGGCGGUAGAUAACGUUGCGGGUUAGACUAGGGGACGUAUUCUGAGACGAUCGCUUUCGGCGGUAGUAUCGCCGUGAGGCGCGCUCAUUGGCCGGUUGAACACAAUCGGAUGAGUUGAUUCGCUGGUUGAGCGCUACGUCACGCGAUGGCAAUAGUACCGUCGCAGAAUACGUGCCUAGUUGCGGCGCUUUCGCUUUCCACUACGCGCCCAAAAUGAACUCUUCCUGCGCAAUGCCUCGAUGGAAGCGUCCAUUUCUAAAAGUUCAGGAGGCGCACGCGAGCAGCGCAGCAGAGGUGGAAUAUUCGCGCGCUGCCGUGGUUUGCCGACGCUGACGAGGUUCAAAGUAAGAAAUUGUGUCGGGUGUUUAGUGACGCCGUGCUGAGCCGACUUCGUUUUAAUCACUGCACUGGCGCCGCAGGCAAGCUUUGCUUGUUGCGGCAAGUAUGGCGGCGUUCAAGUGCACUUUCGUUCAAGACUGGACGAAUCCGAAACAUUGCGAGUUUGCAGCCUGGGUUCGGCCAGUUGAAUGUAACGCGAAUGCAGCGUACUGUACGCUAUGCAGAAAGCAGUUUUCGCUCAGCAACAUGGGAAGAAGAGCGGUGACAAGUCACGCUGAAAGUAAGAAGCACCGACUUGCUGCGAGCGGAGCCAAGACACCCUCUGUAGCUUCAUUCUUGACGCCGCCGGCCGCCGUUGUGAUCAAAGCCGGGCCAGUGGCGUCAGGUUCUGCGCAGCCUUCAUCUUCUUCAACUACAACUACGGACUCCCAACCUGAGCGUGCAACAAAGGACAUUUUUCAGCGUGACACGGAGGUCAUAAAGGCUGAGGUGAUGUGGUGUCUUAAUGCUGUGAUGACGCACACAUCGCUCCGUGCUGCCGCGGCAUCGGCUUCUCUGUUCCCGUUGAUGUUCCCAUCAUCAGCUACAGCCAAGAAAAUGCAGCUUGGAAAAGACAAGGUGGGAUACACUAUUGUCCAUGGCCUCGCACCUUUCUUUAGAGAGAGCCUCGUGUCGGAAGUAAGCCAAGCCUCCCACCUCGUCGUCGCGUUUGACGAAUCGUUAAACAAAGUUGCACAAAAAGAGCAAAUGGACGUGUUGGUUCGUUUUUGGUCGGAUGCAGAGGAGAGCGUGAAAACACGCUACCUGACGUCAUGCUUUCUUGGGCGCACACGAGCUGAAGAAUUGGUGUCCGAAUUUAAAAGUGCCACAGAUGGACUCUCACGAUCGAAAAUUCUUCAGAUAUCAAUGGACGGGCCAAACGUAAACAUGAAAUUUCUCCGUGAGAUCAAGCAAGAACUGUGUGAAUCCAGUGACGGCCGCCAAAUUCUCAACGUUGGAAGCUGUGGCCUUCAUGUAGUGAACGGCGCGUUCAAAACCGGACACGCCGCAACAGGGUGGCAACUAGUUGAAUUUCUCCGGGCUAUCUACAAUUUAUUUAAAUGUGUACCUGCCCGACGUGCUGAAUACGCACGUAUCACCGGUAGUAACGUUUACCCCUUGAAGUUUUGCGCCGUGCGGUGGCUUGAAAAUGUUAGUGUAAUUUCGAGGGCUCUUGAGGUCCUGCCGUAUCUGAAGGUAUACAUCGAGUCGUGUCGAAACGAGAACAAGCGACCGACCAGCGCCAGUUACGGCGUGGUCGAAACAGCCAUCCGCGAUCCUCUGCUGUCUGCAAAGCUAACCUUUAUGCUUCGUAUCGCGGAAGAACUGCAGCCGUUCCUGGCUCAGUUCCAGACCGAUUUGCCUAUGCUUCCAUUUCUUGGUACAGCAUUGGAAAAUCUUCUGCGAUCAUUAAUGAGUAGAAUUGUAAAGAAAGAAGUAAUGGUGGCUGCGGACAGUCCGUUGAAGUUGAUAAAGGUCGACAUGGACCAGCCUGCGAACGUUGUUGCGACACCCAAGAUUGACCUUGGCUUUGCUACGAAGAAUGCACUCCGGAAGGCCCCAAAACUUUCAGAUUUGACUAUCCUUGAGUUCAAAAGGGACUGCGCCGCUUUCGUGAAGAACUGCGCCAAGAAGAUCGUGGAAAGGUCGCCGUUGAAGUUCAAGCUGACGAGGGGAUCGUCAUCUCUGGAUCCCGCGUGCGCGCUGAUUCCCGAGCUUGGGGAAAGGCGUUUAACUGAUGCACUCGAAGUUUUAACGGAGCACCAGUGGAUGACCGGAGCAGAAGCUGAUCGAGCUAUGCGGUCCUACAAGCUUGUGUGCUCCUUAGCCUCGACGCAAGCAGCGUUGAAAAAUUUUGACAGGAACACGGAUCGGCUGGAUGCCCUUUGGGCAGGCAUCUGUGGUUCAAACAAGGAACUGCUCGCUUUUGCCAAGAUUAUUCUCACUCUUUCGCACGGAAAUGCGUCUGUCGAGAGAGGAUUUUCUAUUAACAAGAGCUGUCUUGUAGAAAACCAAAAAGAACUAUCUCUGGUCGCCCAACGAAUCAUAUUUGACGCUGUGUCGUCUGCUGGAGGAGUUGCCAGUGUACAGUUAACCAAGAGGAUGUUUCAGAUGGUCCGUGGGGCGAACGCACGGUGGAAGGAGGAGCUUGAGAAGACCAGAAAAGAAAGGGCCGACGAAAUGAGGAAUGAACGUGAAAGGAAGCGUGUGGCCGCUUCUUUGAAGGAGCUUGAGCUUAAAAAAAAAAAGUGUUGGCUGACGCUGAGAUGCAGGUGUCGCUCAUACAAACCAAGAUAAACUCUUUAAAGCAGUGAAACUACCAUUUCUCUCGAAGUUAUUUUAUCUGCUGUAUAUUUUACUAACCCCUCCUUUCCGUGUUCUUUUUGAAUGAAAUAAACAUUACCUCUUACUAUUCAAACUUGAUUAAGUCGUUUUAGAAUGCAGCUCUUGGGCGCCCGUUCCUGGGUUAAACGUCGGCGUAAACGCGCGCGUGUUGUCUUCUACCACAGCUGGCUCGUAGGCGCCCGUUUUGGGUUUAGUGUCGGCGUCACCGCGCGAACGCGAGCAUGCCACUGUUCGCGCGUUCGUCGUCUUUUACCACAGCUGCCUUGUCACCGACCCUCAGCGUAACCGCGCGAUCGCGCGAGCAGUUAGUUGCACGAGCGCGUUCGCGCAGUAGCGGUAGCAGCUGUAACUAAUAUCUGCACAGCUGUCUACGGAGCAGUAGGGCAGCUGGCUCCGAUGCCGCUCAUUAUGCCAGCGUUCCCAUACUACCCCUCCCUCUGCGAAGGCGCUGACGGCGGCGAUUUCACUCUAAAAUUCUUCGCCUCAAUAUAUCGCGAAAUGAAAAGAUCUGCCGUCGCCUUUAGGUUCCGUAUGACGUCAAACGGCGAUGAAAUCCUCGCCGUAUCCUUUAUAUGCGAGUGAAAGCGCGCAGAGGACGCGCGCAAUCACGGGGAGCGAACGCACGGCGGAGAGCAAACGCGCGUACUGCGCCAUGCUCCCUGAAGGGCUGUAGAAUUAAGCGUCUCUUUCUUCCUUUAUAAUGAGCAUAUAUAUAGAGCAAACGCCACUUCUUCCGUCGCGCGAAAGGCCGUGGGGAGACGGGAGAGGGAGGGGAGGCGACGUUUAGCUCCACCACCAAAUGUGUAUUUAUAUAAAAAAAUGUCACAGUUUCGCCCUAAGGGCGAAGCAAUGAAUGCGAUAGCAACACAGCAAUGUCAUACGAAGUAAGGUGAGCGGCUUUGGUAACAAUAUGAAUUGUAGUAAACAUGAGCUGAUUAAGUAAGCAGGUGUGCUGCGGCGUAAGUAGACCGUCAUGAAGAGAGACUCGAUGACCACGAGAAGGCGCGUGUGAAACGGUGGUGUUGAUGAGAAGCGCUUCCCGUGGGCAGCGCGCGUGCGAAGGGACACACCUGUAGCGCUGCACUGCCGAUCCGGGCAGCAUUGCACGUGUAGCGUGCGUUGGAAAAUGUGACCCAACUAUUACUAACUGAAUGAACAAGCGUGGUGUGAGCGCGCACAAACAAACAUGAAGAGAUCACACUGAAUGACUGCAGACGACUG